CGCUUUUUGAGGUAUUGUCUCCGAUCUUUCCGUCCUCCUCAUGUGAACAACGACCCAGCCUGUCACCCAUUCUCAUUUCUCAUUUUCAAUACAUUCAUCAACAAAUAUAUAAAGCAACAAGAGAUCGAGCUUCGAGCCACACUCCUUUUUCAUUUUCCAUUUUCGCUAGUUCAAGAAAGCCUAUUAAUGGCUUCAAAAGUAACCCUUGUCCUGUUCCUUACUCUUCUAUCUUCUUCCAUUGCAGCCCAAAAUGUGUCCUACGGAGACAUAAACUGGUGGUGCAACCAAACCCCCUACGCUGACGAUUGCAAGUACUUCAUGAAAAGCCAUGUCUCUGAGUCUUUCAAACCCAAAGACAAAUCUCAGUUCCUAAAGUUGGCAGUUCAAGUGGCUUUAGAUCAAACACUUCUCUGCCAGAACCACACCGUUUCACUCGGACCUCCCGACGGCGGAGGCGGAGGAGGAGGCAGCCAAGAGGGGGUGAAGACCGCAUGGGCAACUUGCCUGGAUCUAUACGAAAGCACCGUACGCCAACUCAACAGUACCAUCAACCCAAACGGGAAGAUAACUGGUUUUGAUGCACAGACAUGGCUGAGCACUGCACUUACAAAUCUUGAGACAUGCCGAGCGGGUUUCGCCGAGAUAGAUUUGAAAAACGAUACGUUGCCGAUACGAUGGAACAAUGUGUCUAACUUAAUCAGCAACACAUUGGCCAUUAACAAAGCUCCAACGACAGAAGAUAAUGGUAGUAGUAAUCAUGAGUUUCCUGGUUGGGUAUCAGAAGUUGAUAGAAAGCUCUUACAGUCGAGACGUUUGGCUACAGCAAGAGCGAAGUUUGUGGUGGCAAAAGAUGGGUCUGGAAAUUUUCGAACCAUUCAGGAUGGUUUGAAUAUGGCAAUAAGGAGUAGGAGAGGGAACAGAAGAAUUGUGAUUUAUGUGAAGGGAGGGGUUUAUUGGGAGAACAUUGAGAUUGAUGCUACCAUGACCAAUAUCAUGCUUGUUGGAGAUGGGAUGCGGAAGACCAUUAUCAGUGGGAGCAGGAGUGUUGGAGGAAGCACCACCACCUUCACAUCUGCAACUUUUGGAGCUAUGGGUGAAGGAUUUAUUGCACGAGGCAUCACGUUCCGUAACACGGCCGGCCCACAAAGCCAAGCAGUAGCAUUGAGGUCAGGUUCCGAUCACUCUGCUUACUACCGGUGCAGCUUUGAAGGAUAUCAAGAUACACUUUACGUUCACUCUCAGAGACAAUUCUACAAAGAAUGUUACAUCUAUGGCACCAUAGACUUCAUUUUUGGAAACGCUGCCGUAGUAUUCCAAAACUGCAUCAUCUAUGUAAGAAAACCCAUAUACGGUCAAGCCAAUGUGAUAACGGCCCAAGGACGGAUAGACCCAAACCAGAACACCGGCAUUUCGAUCUAUAAAUCAACGGUCAUGGCUGCUCCAGACUUAAGGCCCGUUCUAAGGUACUACAAGACAUUCCUGGGUCGACCAUGGAAACAAUACUCUCAAACGGUCUAUCUCGAAACCUAUCUUGAUAAGUUGAUCGAUCCAAAGGGUUGGACCACAUGGGGUGGUAACUUUGCUCUCAAUACAUUAUAUUAUGGAGAGUACAAGAACUAUGGGCCAGCUUCUUCAACCACAAGGCGAGUGAGAUGGCGUGGCUAUCACGUCAUAACAAAUCCAAGGGAAGCUGCACGGUUCACUGUCUCAAACUUCAUUGCCGGAAGGUCAUGGUUGCCUUCAACUGGUGUGCCGUACAAAGAUGGUCUUUGAUC